UUGCGCCCCUUAUGAUGCUUUGCGCUGGAAUCUCCACCUCUAACUCAUGGCGGCGGUGGUAGAGGCGGUCGAGUGUUUUUUAUAACACCAGUGAAAGCCCGAGGUCUGGGAUUCCGUGUGCCAUUGUUUGUGCUGUCUACGGAGCAACGUGCGGUGCCUGGUGGGGAGCUUUUCUGUGCGCUGCGAGGGGAGAGAAGGGCCGGGUAAGUCCCGAAACGCUGCGGGAGAGUCUGCAUCUCUUCCUUCAGCGCCAUUUUGUAGCAGCGAGGAGGUUCCAAACACAAGAAAACGGCAGAGCUCAAGAUGACUAAUGAGGAACCUCUUCCAAAGAAGGUUCGCCUCAGUGAGAAUGACCUGAAGAAUCUCUCUAGAGAUGAAUUGUGUCUAAGAUGGAAACAACAUGAAGCAUAUGUUCAGGUUCUGGAGGCGAAAUAUGCAGAGCUGAACUCAAAUGAUGUCACUGGUUUGAAGGAGUCUGAAGAGAAACUUAAACAGCAGCAGCAGGAGUCUGCAAGAAGGGAGAAUAUCCUUGUCAUGCGGCUUGCCACAAAGGAGCAGGAAAUGCAGGAGUGUACUAACCAGAUUCAGUACCUCAAGCAAGUCCAGCAGCCCAGUGCAGCUCAGCUGAGAUCUACUAUGGUGGACCCUGCCAUCAACUUGUUUUUCCUUAAAAUGAAGAGUGAACUGGAACAGACUAAAGACAAACUGGAGCAAGCCCAAAAUGAACUCAGUGCCUGGAAAUUUACACCUGAUAGCCAAACGGGCAAAAAGUUGAUGGCCAAAUGUCGGAUGCUUAUACAGGAAAACCAAGAAUUGGGGAGGCAGCUUUCCCAGGGAAGAAUCGCUCAGUUAGAGGCAGAGCUGGCUUUACAGAAGAAGUACAGUGAGGAGCUUAAAAGCAGUCAAGAUGAGCUGAAUGAUUUUAUUAUUCAGUUGGAUGAAGAGGUGGAGGGAAUGCAGAGCACAAUAUUGGUCCUGCAGCAGCAGCUAAAGGAAACCCGCCAGCAGCUUGCCCAGCAAGCCCAACAGCAAUCCUCUGCACCUGGCACCAGCAGGACUACUGAGCAGUCUGGUCAGGCUGAUGCUCGAGUGGCCAAUGGACCAAGCAAUAGUGGCCAGCUACAGAGGACUUCGGUGUCGGGUGUUUAUAGAGAAGUCAGUAGCACUGAGGAAGAUUUUCCUUCCUCACCAGGCAAUGGGAAUAAACUUUCCAACCACUCAGAAGAGAGAUCAAGCAGAGGGGGGGUUAGCUAUGCAAACCCAUUGAGUGCUGGUUAUGAGAGUGUCGACUCUCCGACUGGCAGUGACAAUUCACUUGCACACCACUCAAACGAUACUGAUUCCAACCACGAUCCUCAAGAGGAGAAGUCAGUGAGUGGGAAAGGUAACAGAACUGCAAAUUCUCGCCAUGCCCACAAUGGUUUGGACUCGACUGUCAAUGCACAGAGUACUGUUUCGUAAUGUCAUUUAUAUUCAGCCAUUUUAUAUGAUGUGUGUAUACUUAAAUGUGCAUCUGCAGUUUUGUUAAGUUGACUGAGGAUGCUGUUCAGAUGUGUUGGGACUAGUGUUGAAGUAUAAAAUGAAACUUUGUUUCUCUUCCCUUGCCCAUGUGAUUCCGUUGCCACAGUUUAAAUUUUAACUUCGUUAAAUUUUCUUAAAAAAAAAAAAA